UCCCCCUCCGAGGACAGACAAGGGUGUUCUCCCUCUCUCCCUGUUCUGUCAGUGUCUCUCGCCCUCCUCUCCGGCUCGCUCUCUCUUGUCAGGUUUAUCUCCACAGGAGUCAGCGAAGGUCCCGCCGGGUCGAAGGUUCUGCCCUGCCCGCUCACACUGCCGCACCCCCGGACGGCCGCGUUGGAACGAAGCUGCACGCUCUUCUGCUGCUGCUGCUGCUGCCGCAUGGACCCGCGUCCCUCCGCCGCCGCCGCUGCCGCGUAGAGGGCGACCCCGACCCGACACUCUUUCACCGGCCAGAUUAACAAAACGCACAAAAACCCCACAGAAGGAACAGACUGCAGUGUGCCGUGGUUAAGUCGGUUGGCUGGGUUGCUGCUGCUGCCACUGCUGCUGGUAGACUGGGCCACUUGAGCGAAGGAUGACCGCUGCAUGGCUCGCUAUUGAAUCCCGGUGAACGAACGGUGUCUCAUGUCCAAACGGCGGAAGGAUGGCUCAUGGCAAAGUGACCAUCACAGUGGACGAGUACAGCUCCAACCCCACACAGGCCUUCACACACUACAACAUCAACCAGAGCCGCUUCCAACCUCCUCAUGUCCACAUGGUGGACCCCAUUCCAUAUGAUACUCCCAAGCCAGCGGGACACACCAGGUUUGUGUGUGUUUCUGACACACACUCGCGUACAGACGGCAUCCAGAUGCCCUACGGCGACGUGCUGCUGCACACGGGCGACUUCACUGAGCUGGGUUUGCCCUCCGAGGUUAAGAAGUUCAACGACUGGCUAGGAGGCCUUCCAUAUGAAUUUAAAGUGGUGAUCGCUGGUAACCAUGAGCUGACCUUUGAUAAGGACUUUAUGGCUGAGCUUGUCAAACAGGAUUACUACCGAUUCCCCUCAGUCUCCAAACUCAAACCAGAGGACUUUGACAAUGUCCAGUCGCUCCUCACAAACUGUGUAUACCUGCAGGACUCCGAUGUCACCAUAAAAGGAUUCCGGAUAUAUGGAACACCAUGGACUCCAUGGUUUAACGGCUGGGGGUUCAACCUGCCUCGGGGUCAGUCUCUACUGGAUAAAUGGAACCUCGUCCCUGAAGGCAUCGACAUCCUGAUGACCCACGGACCUCCACUCGGUUUCCGAGACUGGGUUCCUAAAGAGCUUCAGCGGGUCGGCUGCGUAGAGCUGCUCAACACCGUCCAGAAGAGGGUGCGACCCAAGCUUCACGCGUUCGGAGGAAUACACGAAGGCUAUGGCAUCAUGACAGACGGCUUCACGUCGUUCAUCAAUGCAUCGACCUGCACUGUUAGCUUCCAGCCCACCAACCCCCCCAUCGUGUUCGACCUGCCUAACCCCUCCAGCUCCUGAGACCAGAGGACAGGGGCAUGGGCAGGAGAUACUACUUUUUUUCUAUAAUUAUGUCAAGUUUAAAAAAAAAAAAAAAAAAAUCUAUGUGUUUCUUUGCAAAAUGUUGGUCUUCUCUGCGCUGUUGUUGAGAAUGAGAAGAUUGAAAAAUGGUGUGGUAUGUUGGGGGUUUGUCAGGGAGAGUUGAAGGACAAUAUCGGUGUUUUCAUCUUUUAAAAGUUUGUGCCAACAAUCAGGAUUCCCUCACAGAUUUGAGUUCUUCAUCACAUAGUCGAUGCAGUAUUUGUGUGUCAGCACUGCGUCAUGUCGCAGUCUGCUUCCUGCCAAUCACCGGACAGCAUCAGGAAACAGUUGAAACCUCAUCCAGGAAGUCAUCUUCAACUCUGUUAUCUAACCGCAGUUUAUUUGGAAACUUUGUAUUAAAAAGUAAAAACAAAGAAAACAUUCAAAUUUCAGUAGUUAUGGCAUGAGUUGCAAAAAAUCUUUUGUGGGUAAUGUUAGUCUGUAUGACAGGGAUUUUGUGGUAAAAACAAUCUUACCCUUGAUAAAUAUUGGUCAGAUCUGUAAGAUAAAUGAUGCUUUGUGAAUUUGUACAAUUUCCUCAUGUUUGGUUUGCAUUCGCUGGACAAUGGAUGAUGCCAUUGUGUUAUGUUGUAUCAUCUGAUUUAUUUUUAUUAUUAUUGUUAUUUUUCCCCAGUUUCUCUUUUCUUAAUGGCUGACAGGGACGCUGCCUUAAACUAGCUUUCAUUUUCUCAGCUAGAGCCCCACUCUCUGCAAGCUCAGAGAAAAGUCUUUAUUUAUUACCCAUCAUCCCGACAAAACAACACCUGACUAACGCAGGAACAGAUAGCUAUUGAAUUACAGCCUGAAAAAUUUACUUUGUAACAUCCUUAAGGAUUUCUGAUCUAAUUUGGAAAAUGUAUGUAUAAAAUAUAUAUAUAUUAUAUAUUCAUGUUGUAAAACAUCUGUACUAAAAGUUGUGUUUGAUUUAAAAAAAAAAGAAAA